CUAUUCCUUAGCCUAAUAUAUACUCUGUAUUACGGAUGACCAGAGAGGGGUGAUUGGCAUCUUCUUGUAUUUAAAAAAAAAGGGGUUGUUCGGUUUAUGAAGAAGCAAGAAGAAACAUUAUUACGUUUUUAUCUUUUUCUUCCUAAUAGCAAACCUGCACAAAUCAUAAAGUUAUUAUGAUAUCAGAGAGGUUCUUGGGUUAAUCGGUCGCAGAUCACUUUUUCUGAUUAACCAUCGGCAGGGAUGUCGACGGAAGAGGAAGAAUAUACGCCGGCGACGGAAAUCGAUUAUACUUCUUAUCAUAGUUCUGGAGCACCUCACGGGAAGCCUCUGGCGAAGGUGCACGCUGUUGUGGCUGAAAUAGUGACCAAGCAGCAACAUAACAGUGAAGGAGGUAACAACCAGACUACUCCUCUGCCGGGGUUUACACCCGAACAAUGGAAAUUUUUGCUCUCCACAUUUGGUAAUUCACUCUCUACUAACGGUCGCAUAGCCGGACCGUCCCUUGAGGAGGCUGAUUAGAACAGGUGAACGGCGGAAUGGACUGUACUACCUACGGGAGGAACCAACAACACAUGUGUUGACAAUCAAAGAGUCAAAGAAUGUUGUAGCAGAUUUGUGGCAUCAAAGGUUGGGUCACCCAUCUUCUCAAAUAGUUGAAAAUUUGGCUCCCGUAAGUGGAUUGAAAAAUUUUGGAAUAUCUCCUUGUGAUAUUUGUUUUAGAGCUAAGCAGACUAGGGAUUCUUUUCCUACUAGUUCGAAUAAAACUCAUGAUGCUUUUGAGAUGAUACAUUGUGAUUUAUGGGGCCCAUAUAAAUCUCCUUCUUCGUGUGGUGCUAGACAAUUUUUGACAAUUGUUGAUGAUUAUUCCCGUGCUGUUUGGGUUUAUCUGCUUCUUGAUAAAAGGGAGGUUUUCAAGAUGUUUCUCUCUUUUGUUGCUAUGGUUGAACGUCAAAUUUCUAAGAAAAUAAAACGUGUGCGAAGUGACAAUGGGACUGAGUUUAAUUGUUUGAAAGAUUUUUUCCGCACUAGUGGUAUCAUAUUCCAGACCUCUUGUGUUGGUACACCCCAACAGAAUGGGCGUGUUGAGCGUAAGCAUAGACAUAUAUUAAAUGUGGCACGUGCGUUGAGAUUUUAGGGGAACUUACCCAUUUCUUUUUGGGGAGAAUGUGUAUUGACUACUUCUUAUCUUAUUAAUCGCACACCUUCUGCGAUUCAUGAUUACAAAACACCUUAUGGAAUAUUGUUUGGUGUCCCCCCUUGUCAUAAACCUCUGCGAGUAUUUGGAUGUUUAUGCUAUGCUUUCAAUAUGAAGUCUGAGAAGCUGUUCUGUUCGUCUUAAUCUUAUUACUUAUUGCUAAUUCUUAUUUUAUUCAGAUCAGAUCAGAUCAGAAAAAUUUAGAUCAGAUCAGAUCAGAAAGAUUCAGAUCAGAUCAGAAUCAUUCAGAUCAGAUCAGAAAGAUUCGGAUCAGAUCAGAAACAUUCAGAUCAGAUCAGGAACAUACAGAUCAAAUCAGUAACAUUCAGAUCAGAUCAGGAACAUUCAGAUCAGAUCAGAAAAGUUC